GGUUUUAAGGUGGAUUACUCAAAUUUCCGAAUCUAGGAUCUCGGAGAUAUGGCGACAGAGUCAUCGGAAUCGGAGGAAGAAGGAAAGAUCAGAGGAGGAAACGAUAAGUUAGAUAUAGAUGACGAUCUGAGAGAGAUGGGCAAAAACGCAGCUUGGAGCGUGAGCUCUUGUAAGCCCGGCAAUGGCGUCGGCACUCUCCGCGACGAUAAUAUCGAGACUUAUUGGCAAUCAGAUGGGUUACAACCACAUCUGAUUAACAUUCAAUUCCAGAAGAAAGUGAAAUUGCAGUUAGUGGUUCUGUACGUUGACUUUAAGCUUGAUGAGAGCUAUACGCCUAGUAAAAUCUCUAUUCGAGCUGGUGAUGGUUUUCAUAACUUAAAGGAGAUUAAAAGUGUGGAGCUUGUUAAACCAACUGGUUGGGUUUGCUUAUCUUUGUCUGGAACUGAUCCACGGGAAACUUUUGUCAAUACAUUUAUGUUACAAAUAGCCAUUUUGUCGAAUCACCUUAACGGAAGAGAUACUCAUAUACGCCAGAUCAAAGUUUACGGCCCUAGACCAAAUCCUAUUCCCCGCCAGCCAUUUCAGUUUACUUCAAUGGAGUUUCUUACUUAUUCGACACUGAGAUGAGAACUUUGGAUAGGGAAAGUUUGAAGAACAUGGACUGUGAAAGACCCACUAGUAUUGGAUAUUGGAUCCCCAAGAAGAGAAGAGUCAAUAGUCACGUUAGGUUUUGAAGCUCAAGAAUGUUUCAUAUGUUGUUGUGUAAUGGCUUCUGUUUAUAUAUUACAUUGGAUAUAACAUUAUAACAUCAUUAAGCUUAUCUACCAA